CGCUUCCGGCUCAUCCGGUGUAAAUAUUUUGCGUUACUUGAUUUACAUCGUAGCAAACAGCUUGGAAGAUAAAACCUCCUUCGUCGCCUUCCUGACCCAGCAUGAGACGAAGAUGAGAGCAUGUGCGAGCAGGCCAGGGUGCUGUCGGAGUUUGCUGCAACCGGCGAAGGCACGGGCGGUUCUGCACCGUGCCUGCACCGCGGGGGGGAGGCACUCCAAGAGAAGAGCCACACCAGGUGGUGGCGCGUGACCAGGCACCACGCCCUCCGCGGCUCCUCCUUGACGGGCGCCAGUGACGUUCACGGCGACGACAACUUCUAUGCACCCGUGCCGAUUUCUGUGUCGCUUCAGGGCUCGUCAACUGCCCUGCCCCAGGAGGAGGUGGAGAGGAUGCCGCAGCCGCUGUCGACCUUCCGAUCCAGUCGCUCUUCCUCGUCUUCCCUGGACCAGCUGGAGGAGCACUCCUCUCUGGACCAGCCGGAGGAACACCGGAAAGGUUCCUACGAGUCCCUCGACGAGCCCGAGGUGGACUACUCCGACGGCGAGCAGGCAACCGGCUCGGCCGGUUCCAGCCUUGUGGACGUGUCCAGGAGCUCGUCUGCGGGGGCGCAGCAUCCCGAGCGGCCUAGACGGGACGGCUCCCCGAUCUACGCCAACUUCCCUCCUCUGCCAAGCCCGUCCAGUCCCCCGCAGCCGUCGCCAGAGGACCAGCCGCUGCGUUUCCUCAGCGACCACUGGGCGGAGUAUGACGCCCGCCACGUGGGGCGCAAGUACUACUACAACUUCCGCACCGGGCAGCGCUCCUGGAAGCCUCCGCGGCGGAGGAACGAGGCACCGCGACCCCCUCUGGCUACGGUUUAUCAACCUCCCGAGUCUCAGCGGACGGUGGUGGUGCUGUCCUCCGCUUCGCCUCCGGCGUCUCGGCGCAAGGGCCCUCCCCCGCUGCCCCCCGCCAAGAAGCCGGGCCUGUCCCACAAGGGGUCCCUCUCCCUCCCGAGGGACUCCCUCCAAGAGAAGGCCGUCCAGCACAACGGGAACAGCACCUUCUACUACGGACGCGGAGCCAACGCGCCGUUCCAGGCGGCGUCCGAGAAGUGGUACAGCUCCACCGAGGAUGCGGGCAAAGCGUCUCAGCCGGACCGGCCCAAGCUGUCGGCGUCCAGCUCCCUGGAGGAAGACCCAGAGGCCAGGGGGCGCGACCUGACAACCUUCUCUUCCUCGACUUCCUCGCUCAACGCCAUGCCCGGCUCCCGUGCCACCCAGUGCCUGACGCCGAAACUAGGCCGACUCAAGCCCACGCCCCCACCCACUCUGCCCCUGGUGUCGUCGACCACAGCAGACGCCAACGCCAAACACGCUCGAGCGCUCCGGACGCGCUCCAUGAUUCUCCCGGAGGACUUCACCCUGCGAGGCAGUGCCAUCGCGGAUGCCAUCGAGAGUCUGGAUGCCUUUGAGAUGGUGACGCGGCAGGGAACGCUGAACAAAACCGAGCUGGUGAGGGGCGGCAAGAAGCAGAAGAAGAGCUGGACGCCCACCUUUGUGGUGCUUACCAACCGGAACCUAUUCCUCUACAAGGACAUCAACUCAGCCCAAGAGAAGCCUCCCGGGAAAAGCGCCGAGCUCCAGAUCAACCUAGCCGGAGCCGUCAUUGACUGGAGCCCAGAGAAGUCGAAGCGCCGUAAUGUCUUCCAGCUGAGCACGACAGCGGGGCAGAAGGUGCUUCUCCAGGACGACAAUGUGCAGACAAGCAAGGAGUGGUUCGACACCAUCUCUGCCGCCAUCAGGAGACUGCCCAACGGCCUAGGACUCGUGAUGGGCUGGAGACCAGAGGACAUCCCGUCGUCCGUCCCCGAGGAAUCCCCGAGCCACCAGUCCGCCCCACAGCCCACGCCAGAAGCCACCCCUCCCCAGACCACAUCCUCCAAGUGGGGAAAGAAGCCGAGCCGAUCCAAGUCAAUCAAACAGCAUCAGCAAGCCGCCCGCUCCCCGCCAUUGUCGUGUGAUGCAGCGGCUUCGGCCCUGGAUUCCGGCGGCGGCGGGCCGCCAAGUCCCCAGGAGCGUAAAAACCGCAUCAGGGACAAGCUGCGCCACUUCUUUGUGCGGCGUCCAACCCUAGAGAGCCUGCAGGAGAAAGGCAUCUUCAAGGACGAGCCUGUGUUCGGCUGCAACCUGGCCCACCUGUGCGAGAGGGACCGGAGCAGCGUGCCACGCUUUGUGCGGGAGUGCAUCCUCGAGAUCGAGAGGAGAGACAUGACGGCAGAUGGUUUGUACAGGGCGAGUGGAAACUUGUCUCAGGUGCAGAAGGUGCGCUGUCACGUCAACCAAGAUGACUACUCGGUGCUGGCCCUGGAGGAGGACAUCCACGUGCUGACGGGGGCACUCAAGAUGUUUUUUCGGCACAUGAAGGAGCCACUCUUCCCCUUCAACCUCUUCAACAAGGUCCUCAGGGCAGUCGGUCAGCCCACUCGGGCUGCUAGGCUAGCUGCCUUCCGAGACCUUCUGGGUGAGCUGCCAAGACAAAACUAUGACACCCUAAAGUAUCUGCUCAGGCACCUGCUCAGGGUCACAGAGCACAGCGACCAGAACCGGAUGCACGUGCAAAACCUGGCCAUUGUGUUCGGCCCAACGCUGCUCUCUUCGGGAGAGGAGCCCCGCAACCUGGCCCUGGACAUGAUGCAGCAGAACCAGAUCAUAGAGUUCCUCCUGCUGGAGUACUCCUUCCUGUUCCUAUGACACCAUCCCGGAUUCCCCACGGACUCGCCGCCCCCGCGUUCGACCGAAGGAAGGUCGCGCGAGCUCGUUUCCUUGGCCCAAAAGUUCCUACGUUCCCACGGCGACUGCCCGUCAACAGUCGUCAUCGCAGUGAAUAGUCUGGCAAACUUGUAUUUGCGCAUUUGGGGACUCCGCUUCUGCGUGGAUCGAUGCGGGAAAAACGGCCCAUCACCACUCCCCGCGUCAAACUUGCCGGAAUCGUCUUUCUAAUGGUGCGCGGAGGUCUUUUUUUUAUCGAGUUCUGGUCGGGAACGUCUAACGCAAAGACGGAAGAGUUUUGGCCAAAGCCGCUGUCUUGUUGGAUUAUUUCUGUUUUCGGUUUUAUUGUUUCGUGUUCUUGUCAUUGCACAUCUUGAAAGAGGGCAACGUUGUAUUCCGUUGGCUUGCACCGUAUCGGAGCGGCCGUCCCCUCGAUAGGUACAAAAUGAGAAAAGGAGAGAGAUGUACUGUAAAGGUGACCUUGUAAGUUGCAUCCCGUAGACGGGGUUUGGUACUUGCGCUGUAUCAAAGCAAGCUCGUACUAGAGUAGGCAACACCCUUUUAGGAGAGUUUACGGUCAAGCGCACCUUAGCCCCAGCUCGUGUCAUUGGACAAUUGGAACCGCCCGCAUAUUUAUUUUCCAUAGUGCGAACCGUACGACGCAGCAAGGCGCUGCAUUCGGACAUUACGUCACCUAUGCAAGUUUACUUUGCACACGCAUUGGGAAGGUUUGCCUAUGCACAGAGACGAGCACUGCGUAUCGUUCGCAAGCUCAACAUGCAAAGCUGCCUGUAUUAACGACGAAACAAGUUCUUUGGUGCAGGGUGACGCCCCACGUCACCUCUGGAAGUGGGCCUAAUACGUAGAUUCCAUCCAAUGUCGAGGCAAGUUAAAGCUGGUGCCACUAUGCCGCCACUCAUCUAUUUUGGGAGAUGCAAUUUUUCGAGAGAUGACGCUGUGUGUGUAUGUGUAAAGCAGGUUCCGCCUGGGCUCUACGAAGCGGCAUCGCAAACAUUUCGGUUGUUAAUUCUGUGAUAUUUUUUUUUUUUUUU